AAGCUCAAUCUGCUGGAAUCGGACGUGUGGACUACUGGUGAUAAAAAUAUAAGCGUAUCAUGGCAGGGUCAUUUUGUGAACCAGCUACAUAUAGACGAAAAAUUAUUACUCGCCAUUGAACCAGAUAAUAGCGUCAUUAAUGAAGAUUAUGAUUCUGAGGCUGCUCCAGCUGGUCGCCCCCUAUCGGCCAUUGAUAAUCGCGAUGGAAUUGUUAAGUUUGAAGUUGGACUCGGUAAUGAUAGUGUAGGCGGAGCAACAUUUCCCUCGUUUCAGCCCAAUUGGAUAGCUUUACAGAGUGAUCUGGGCGAAAUGUUCGUUGAUCAAUUAGAUAAUGCAGAGGACGCCGAAACUUAUGGGUUUUGGGUUCGGGCGACUGAUGUAGUUGGAAACACAAAGACAGAUUUUGUAUCAAUCCACAUUGAUUUUACGCCACCCCAAAUUGAUGAAUUUGCAGCGAGGAAUGGCAUUGCACGCGUGACUGCGUACGAUCGACAAAGUGGAAUCAUGAGUGUUCGUUGGCAGAUGAUUUCCAAAAAAGAUGAAAACAUUUUAUCAGAAGGCUACGAAACUGAUUUAAUAGUCACUGGCGACUGUGUUCCUACCGAUUGUUAUUGUAUACUUGUCAAUAAGUUUUGUUACAAGUUGCAAUUAGACAUAACCCCGACACUUGAUCAAAGUGAUCAAGAAUUGGGUACUACUGCAACUUUAAGGGUGACAUUAAAAAACAAUGCUUUACUAAACAUCUCGCAGGAUAUAGAGGUUGCUGUAGCCUCUUUCAGUGGUACCAACGAUGCUCAGGAAACAAAAACAGAAGACGACGGUUUGGGGACUGGAGUAUUAAUCGGCAUUAUAGCAGCGGUUGUAGUGUUUGUGGUUCUAUGGUUGAUACUUGUCGCACUGGUAAUGCAAAAGCGAAAUAGGCGUGAUCCUGAAACGUUUGGAGAUGACAUUGGACAUCAAAACCCAUGCUACACCAAUGAGGAAACUGUUGAUAUUUACACAGCUCCAUAUCACCCUCCGCUUGCAUAUACACCAACGUCUAGGCCACCACCGGUGACCGAGAAACCCAAGAAGAAAGAGAUAAUGGAAGACGAGUAUGCUUCUCCAUUUGCACUAACAGUUUCACCAGCUAUUAGCUGGUUCCCUCCCCUUGCGGAUAUUUGGGAAAUUAUUCACAGGAACCUAGGAGCGAGAAAUAUUUUGGUUGGUGACAACAAGGUUUGCAAGAUUACGGACUUUGGAAGAGCAGUUGUAGCAGACAUCGAUGGUACAUUUGUGGAGACACAAGAGGUAGACCAAAUACAGACCAGAAACACAGAUGUGUAUAAGAGAUAA